AUCCACUUGGCCGCUUCGCUCUUAGCUUGAAGCUUGAUCUGAAGCUCUUGGGUUUGUCGUGCAAGUUUUGCCAGUUCGUUUUGGCUCUCUUCCUUGGCCUUCUCCAAAGCUUCGAGCUUAUCCGAGGUUCUCUGCCGCUGCUCCUCCAAAGCGUUGUUUUGGGCUUCGAGAUUGUGAAGUUCCGUCUCUUGUGUCUCUCGUUCCCUGUUGAGUUCUCUCAGUCUGUCCGACAUUGUCUGCUCUGAAUUCGAGUCCUGUUUCCGUUCUUGGGCCUCGGCCUGCAUAUAUUCAAGCUUACUCUGGAAAGUUCGAACUUGUUCUCGGAGGCGAUCACUCUCUUCCCUCAUGCGUAGCUCGACGGCGUGCGCAAGCUUAAGUUUCUCUGUUGCUUGUUGUUCCAAACCGCGCUUGGUCUGUUCUGACAAUUCUCGAACUUGCAAUUGCAAAGAUUUAAUCAAACGGCUUUGCUUUUCAUUCUCUGCGGCCUUGUCCUCGCCCGAGCUAGAUUGGUUGCCUGUCUUGGGGUAGGGUUUCUCGAGGUAAAGUUCCAUUUGCGCUUUGA